GACACAGGGCACUGCUCCUCACACUGAAUAUCAAUGCAUGACACUGUUGUGGAUUUCACAGGUGAAUGCAUAAUAUAUGACAUGCUUCGCUGACUGUCGAGCUCCCGUACAUCAAUUGUAGCAUACACACAGCUGUGUUUGGCCUACAUAUUCUCCAUGCAAGUGGGACCAGACCGGUUUAACAGAAGCCGACAUUAGUGUGGGUUUAGAUCAACGUACCCUGGAGAAAGGCCCUGACAAAUAUGUGCAGAGUGCUACAGCUUGCCAUCCCGUGGAACUGUUUGUUAUAUCCGAUGUCUGAUUGAUCUACCAUAUUGUAUCAAGAUAGCCAAUGUUUCAACCUAGAUGUGAUAACACACCAUACCUAACCUAGUCGUUCAUCAAAGUGUAACGGAGAAUGGAGCCGGUGACAAAUGUGUCGUGUGUGGUGGACAACUGGGCAACCAUGACAUGCAGCUGGCCAUGGGACGUCAGUUCGCAAUCAGACUCAAAUAAUAUUCAUCUAGCUCGACUUAAUUGGGGCAUAAAUGAUGUUCCCAACCAGGUUUGUGUUGACGACUCUGUACCUGGAUCCUGUCACUGGCCAGCAGAUAGCUUCAGCAUGGGAAGCCUCUACACAAUAGUUGUCACUGUCAUGACUCUCACCAGUGUGGGAACAGUCAGUGAACAGAAAGUGUCUGAACGUUUUAAGUAUGACACAAAUAACAUUGUAAGACCACCCGCUGUGACUGAUAUCAACACCAUCAAUCUCAACAAAACCUGUGCCUCGUUGUCAUGGCAACAAGUGGAUACUCAUACACUAAAGUGUCGAAUGUUGUACAAUUGCUCCGAUUGGCAAGAGUAUUGUGAGCCCGUGGACAAUGUGUCUGAUGGGUCUGCCUCUGUGUGUGGCCUCCUGUCCGGGACCGUGUAUCAGUGGAAUGUGUCAUGUCUGCCUGAAGGAGGGGGAUUCUGGAGCAAUGUCACCACAGUCCUCCACACCACACAGACUGAUGUUCCUGCAUCUCAGCCAGAAGUGCAUCCUGGGAGUUUUCUAGAAGUUGACUGUGACCAAGACAACUGCAGAGGGAUCCUGCUGUUUUGGAAGGCUGUUCCUGCCCACCUUCGUAAUGGUCUGAUCACAGCAUAUCACAUCUUUGUGCAAGACACUGCCACUGGAAAUGAGACUGACAUCACAGUGACAGACAUGGCACAGAUGUCACUAGAACUCCACCUGGAGCCCAACACUACCUACCAGAUACAGACCUCGGCCUGUACGGAGAGCGGCUGCUCCAAUAGGUCCAAACUCAUCACCAUCGCACCACAGGGAAAAGGUGCGUCACCACCACAGGACUUCACAGUUGAGUUCAUGGCUGACGAGGACCCCACCAACUUCAACAUCAACUGGCAACCACUCCACAGCCGAGUCGUGUCCUACACCACGUACUGGUGCAUGAAGGAAGACAACUCAACCAACUGCACAACCCCCUUGGACUGGAAGAGUGUGUUCCCCAACACCACAGAGUACAAUCUGACCCUCCCAGGACUUAGUGAGAACACCACACAAGACUACAUGGUGGGGAUCUCUGCCGAGGCCAUCAUGACCUCACAGAGGUCAGGGAGGUCACGGAGGGACACAGGUCUGGUGACCAGCAGUGGCAUCUCAUGGAGUCAAUGCCUUCACAUCAGUGGGAAUACUCCCACCACAGCGCCUGAGGUCCUGCACAUGUCCAGCCACCCCACGACUGCCAGCAUAGACUUGGAGUGGCAGAAGCUGAGUUGCUUGCAGACACCAAGUGUACUGACUGGUGUACUCGUGGUGUACUGUGUAGUGGAUGGAGAUACUUGUUCAGGACCAGAACAGAGUCAGAUGGCUGUAGGUCAAGGGGUCAGCUACACCUUGAAGAACUUGGACACUGGAAACACGUACCUCAUCAAAGUGUGUGGUGUGUCAGCAGCGGGGAAUGGACCAUUCAGUCCACCGGUCAAAGUAGAGCUGGCAGCAGACCUUGCUCUCAUCUACACAGCAGUCAUUGUGGCCAGUGUGCUGCUUCUCCUGUUGUUCAUCUUCUUCUGUGUCAUAUGGGGAUGUUGCAAAGGGCGCAAGAGUGCCAAGUUGGAAAUAUCUGUUCAAGAUGACAAGUUACUGCCGCAAGAGCGUGAGUAUGUUGAUAUGCCUACUACACGUCCUGAAAGCAGUACAUCAGCCAAAAAUGGAACCUACAGGAAAAGUGGAACAGACAAAGAUCGAGAGGUAGACAAGGAACUAGAAGACACCAAACUUUUACCUUCAGAAUCCUACAAAGAAAAUGCAACUCCAAGAUGGAGUGAAUCAUUGGGCCCCAAAAGAACCGACACUUGUUAUAUGGCCUCAUCAGCUAAGAAGAACUCCCGACUUUUGGAACUUAAGGCUGAAAACAACAAUAGAAAAAAGGCUGGUUGGACCGAACUCGAAGAUGCAUCUGACCUGCCUUAUGCCGUAGUGGACCUAGACGUUGAAGGUAUUCCUCGGGAAAGGAUUUCAUCCUUUAAAAGUCGUCUCCCAAUGAGAGAUUAUGGCUUUGCUGUGAAGGACGAUCCUGAGUAUGAGGACUAUGUAAAUUCUCUACGGGAAAGGAAUAGUGCAACUAGUCCCCUUAUUACAGAUCCUAAAGAAGAUAGAAAGAGUGGAUCACAUGAAUCAAAACAGAAGCCACAAAAAGAUAAGAAAAACAAGCAAAAGAGAGGCAGUACUGGAUCAUUUCAUCUUCAACCUGAUUUUGUGUUGCCAGCCCCUCCACCUGAUCCCAGUGAGAAUGAUCGCUCACCACCCCCUUUUUUCCCUCCACCUCCGGCCAAUCUUGAAAAUUUUACAUUUCCUCCUGAGCCACAAGAUACACCUGGUGUACCCCAAAAACAAUAUAGCCCUCCACCCCCAAGUCAGAAUCAUCCACCACCACCUCGGGUUCUCUAUGCUCAGCCUCCUGUUCCUGUACCUGAUAACACAGCCACAACAAUGAGAAGUCCUCCUUCACCACAAAAUUUGAAGAAGAUCCCUCCUCCCCCCAAAGUGCGUUAUUCUUCAACUUCUGCCCCUUUGCAAAAUAACAGAACAAGCACACAUUCUCAAGAACCUCCUCCACCUCCAAAUCUGGAUAGUCUUCCAAGGCCUGCAAGUGUUCGUAAUUCUGGUACAUUCCCCACUGUUCAAACUGGAGUUCAAACAAGCAAAGCAACUACAAAUGAACAAAAUCAUCCUCCACCUCCAAAUCUUCAAAAUCUUCCUCGUCCUGCAAGUGUAAGUAAUCCAGUACCUGCAGAACCCGUACAAAAUAAAGAAACUAUUGAUCCAAAACAUCCUCCUCCAAAUCUUCAAAAUGAACCCCUUCCUCGUGACAAAAAUAGUCCAAUAACUGCUGUCCCCAUUCGGAAUAACAAGGAACAGAAACAAGAGAAAGAUAUUCCACAUCCGCUGACUAUUAUUACACCUGUGCAAAUCCCCAAGCCUCGCACCAGUCUGCAAAGUCCAAAACCUUUCAAACCUGUUCCUCCAGAACCAGUGGCUCAGAACACUGGAAGAGACACAACAGAUGGCAGAAUCAAGAAUGAACCUGAACAGAAAAAGGAGCCCGAGCCCAUGAGAACAAAUGUUACACCAGGAAGUAAUGAACCUGAUAAUAAGUCUACCAAUGAGAAAAAGCCCUCGCAACUGUCAAGUGAAAUUCCAAGAAACAGAGGAUCUGUAGACAAAUCCACACAGGAGAACCUUCCUCCCCUGCCGAGUUAUUCAUCCAGACCUCCCUCUGCCAAAUCUAGACCAAGCAGUAAGACAGAUGAAGACAAUAAUGUUCUUGAUAUUUCCAUCCUUGUGGGAGAGCUACUGGGAGAAGGUUUGACGACUAAAAAAGAUGAAGAUGGUCCAGAAGUUACCAUGAGGCCUAAAAAACCAAGAGAGUCCACAUCUGCACCAGAUGCUCGAGACUCUAAGGUGAAGUCCAAUCCACCCAAAGUGGCACCAAAGCCAAUGUUUGUGACCACGAGAGACAGCAACUAUGGCCGUGUUGAGGCUAGUCCCACAGCAGUCUCACCUCCUCCAACAGUCCUGUCCAGAACAUCUACAGGGAGUUCUAACUAUGAGCAGCAUAUGUAGAGAUUUAGGUGCACCUCCACACAUGUUUGAACAUGAUCCAUAGUUUAACUUGCUGAGUCAUGGGCCAUGUGCCACACCAAUGCUGACUCAAAUAAAAUGUGAGUGAGACUUUCCAGUCAGAACAGAAUCGUCUUUUUAAACAAUCUCAGAGUGAAAUAUUUAUAGGAUUGUGUUAUUUGAUCAAUUUUGAAAGGAUCUAUACAAUCAGUAGUGGAGUGGUGAUUCCAUACACUGUAUGUGCUGAUAAUAGGAGUCUGCCCUUAUCUUUGAAGAGAAUCUCAUUCAUCUCAUAGUGAAAUAGUCACCUGGUAGAAACAUUCAGUCAUUUAUUUCUAUAGUCAAGCAGCUUAUUGAAUAUUUAGCUUGGAAUGACAUUGAUGAAUAGAUCUGAGAAUGAGUAAUAAGCUUAUGGCUUAUUGCAAUCCAAACAAAAUUGUUAUGAUAGUAACUGAGCAAUUGGAGUUAUGUCUGGGACUGCCUGGAAUUCAUGUGCCUCUUCAUCGAUUUAAAUAGCUAGUUUUCAUUUUUACUGCUUCAUUUAUUAGGAAGAUGGGGAAAAGGUCAACUUCUGUUUACUCAAAUUCCUGCACAUGAUACUAAUCAGGAACUGGGAAGGAGGGCCACAGACAGUUCAACACAAAAACCUCUUUGCUGAAAGGAAGUCGAGUGUCCUGCAUAAUAACACAUGAACAUGAUGACGACAUAAACAUCAUCUGACACUGCACUGAGAAUGAUCUGGUUGAGUGUAUUGCUUAGGUCACUGACUGUGGACUAUCAGGAACUCUUCAUUGAAAGGGAGUUCAAGUUUGUGGGAUCUUGUGUCAUGGACAAGCAAUGUGAAAAAUGUGUACAUAACAUCAUUGGUGAAACAAGAGAGUUUUGAAUACGAUUAUAUGUGCAAAUCUCUGUAAAAUGACAAAAACUAACUUUCUUCAAAUGGUGCAACAAUAUGUUAAAGAUCAUUCUGGUGCUUCAUGCAACAUCCAGUGGAGAUAUAUACCCUGUGUUCUAUUUUCUGCAAUUGCAGUCACCGCAGAUCUGUCAUUGUGCAUCUGAUCUAAGACCUUGAACAUUUGCAUGAUAUUACUUGUGAUAUUUGAAUAGACUGAUCUAGAUAUGUGUCGGUACUACAUGCCGUGAAGGGCUAUAGUUGGGACAGUCACUUUCACUAAUUCCUUUCAGCCCUGAUUGUCUCCUUUGUUGUUGUGCUGUGUUUGUGAUUUCCAUAAAAAGUUAAGGAUUUGGUGGAGUACUCAAGAUGUGGAAUGGACAGGCUUUCAUGGGUACAUUGGAUAGAGAAUUAAAGUAUUUUCUGACAUUGUGAAAACCCAGGUUUCAUAUUUCUAUGGCAAUACAUCUAAAAACACAGACUGUACUCCUGAACCCAGGAUUUAGAGGCAUGUUGUAAACUUGGAUUAGAAAAUGGUAUGAUUUGAAGACAUAUGACCAUUGGCAUUCAAGGCAUAUCAUUCACAUCCAUAAGUUGAAACACUAUGCUUUUGUUUUAUGUAUACCAGUCCUAAGUAGUGCCUCAGAUUGCCAGAGGGUCCAUAUCAUUACUGGUAACCUUAAAGAAAAGAGCCACAUGCCGAAUAUAUUUCUGAUACCUGGUGAAUGGGUCGUCAUCCUGAAGUUUGAUGCCAUGAAAGAACUGAAAUACUGGUUAGUGUUACCCCCAAUUUACUCUCUCACUCAGAAAGUGCGGCCUUAAAGCAUAUGUGUCUUCAUAUCUGUAACAUGUCAUUUGGUUAGUUGCAUUCAGGUUUUGUCGGUUCCUCAUGCGCAAGUGGUAUUUUGAUACAGAAAAGCGUAAUGUUGUAUAUUUAAGUUUCUGCCUGUUUUCUAACCAUACACAUUAUCAGUCAUGAACAAAUAACAGUCAUUUCAUUUAGCAAGGGUUAAAAUGUGUCCUUUGAUAGUUAUAUUGUGCAUUAUUUGAAAUGUUUCUGAUUUUAGUGUUCAUUGAAUGUACAUCAACCACAUGCAAGUCUUGACUGAUUCAGGAUAUCAGCCUGCAUCUGGAACCGUCAUACUAACUGGCUCUUGAUAAAAUUCUAACAAUUCAAGCUAGACUGUCCAGUAAAAUGUUGUUUGGUCUAGUAGACUAAUAUAGUCCACCAUAUAUUACUUCAAAAUCCACUGAAAAUGAUGCCAAGAGACAGUUUUGAGCAAGUAGACUUUCAAAGCAUUUGAGACAGGCUGUGUUAAAUUUAUAAACCAUAUUCAACGUAUUAAGCGCCCAUGGUGCUCUCAAAAUAAGAAAUAGGGGGCUCUCUUUAGAAUAAAAUUUUGGUGAAAAAAAUAGAGUUGAAAGAUCGUAAAAUGUCGUGGUUUAUGCUGACAGCCUGAAAUGAUACAAAAGAAAAGUC